AUGGUGUUGGAAGCAACGAUGAUAGCAAUCGACAACUCGGAGUACAUGAGAAAUGAGGACUAUCCCACCUCUCGGUACGAAGCUCAAUUGUCGGCCACAGAGUAUAUUUUCCAAAACAAGGUCAACUCCAAUCCUGAAAACACCGUUGGAUUAUUGGCAUACGGAGGCAAUGGCCCCGAGGUUUUGAGUACCUUGACCACCGACUUUGGAAAGAUUCUUUCCGGAGCCCAUGAAACUAAGGUCCAUGGGGGAAGUCACUUCUCCAGUGGAAUUCAAGUAGCUGCUUUGGCGUUGAAGCACCGUCAGAACAAAGUGCAAAAUCAGAGAAUCAUAGUGUUUGUUGGGAGUCCCAUCACCGAGAGUGAAAAGGACUUGGAGAAGUUGGCCAAGAAGAUGAAGAAAAACAACAUUGCCAUCGACGUGGUGAAUUUUGGAGAAGAGUCCAUCAACACCUCCAAGUUGGAGAAAUUCAACAAUGCCAUAAAUAACCAUGACAAUUCACAUCUUGUGACAAUUCCGCCUGGCCCCAGGUUGUUGUAUGAAAUCGUGGCUACGUCACCUAUAUUGAUGGAGGAAGGCUACGACAUGGACAAUGGUGAUUUGGGUGGUGGCAUGGAUGGUUUCGGUGGAGGUGACUUGAUAGAUCCUAACAUGGACCCGGAUUUGGCGUUGGCCUUGAGGCUCUCGUUGGAAGAGGAGAGGGCCAGACAGGAGAGGGAAGCCUUGGAGCAGGAGAAGGCCGAAAAGCCCGAGUUGGACAAGAUAGAUGAAGACCAAUAG